AUGUGUGCCUUUUCAGUUACAGGAGUCGCUGCCGGAUUCCCUUUGGGUAUUACACGUGAUCCUAACCCGGGCAUACUUUACGUGACUAGUUCGAAUAAUUGUAUCUACCAAAUUGCACAAAAUAGCGGGGUUACAUCACCAAUAGUUACUGGAUUGACCAACCCAAGUGGUGCUGCUUUGGAUUCAACAUCAACUCAUCUUGUGAUCGGUCAUCAAGGGGGAGGCGCUAUGGUUAGCUGGGCUUUAGGAGCCGGUGCAGUGACACCUAUUACUAAUCUUAACUCAGCACCAGGGGCUGCCAGAGAUGUAACGAUCGAUUCCUCGGGAAAUAUGUGCGUCGCCGACACGCCCAAUAAUCGCAUACUGUUCUUUCCAGCUGGUCAAACGACUGGUCGUGUCAUUGCAGGCACGGGAGCACCUGGCAAUGGAGACAACAAACUAAGUAGUCCCUCUGCAAAUAGUGUUAUAGUCGCUGGAGGAAAUGGGCAAGGUAGUGAAAUGAAUCAACUCAACUAUUCCUGGGAUUUGUGUAUUGAUGAUGAUAAAAUUAUAUACAUCGCUGAUUACUGGAAUCAUCAUAAUAUUGAAUGGCAAUGUGGUGCGACGACUGGUCGAGUUGUGGCCGGUGGAAAUGGACAAGGAAAUCUUCCUGAUCAGUUGAGCUAUCCGCCAGAUGUGAUUAUUGAUAAAAAAAAUAUUCUUAUUAUUUGUGAUGGUGUUAAUAAUAGAGUAUUUCGAUGGCCUCGUCAAAAUGGUACAAAUGGAAAGAAGAUCAUUUCAAAUAUUGGAUGUCAUGACUCGACAAUAGACGGUGAUGGUUUUCUCUACAUUGUUGUUUGCGCUAGAUAUCAAGUUACACGAUAUCGAAUGGAAGUAAAUCAAGGAACAGUCGUUGCAGGUGGACAUGGUCUAGGGAGUCGUCUUGAUCAAUUGAAUUAUCCAAGAUACGUAUUUGUCGAUCGAAAUCAUUCUGUGUACGUAUGGGACGAGUAG